UCAGACCAAUUGUUCACGAUGGACACUCGUGCAUUGAACCAUAUUCUCACCCAUAGUAGCGAUUACCAGAAGUCCGGUAUAAUCUUGCUAGAAUUUUGGGCGAAGGUGGGUGCCAGUGUGUCUACUGUUAUCUCAGAGUGUCUGAAGUGGUCUCGGGUACAAUUCACUUCCACUCAUGGCGGUCUCAGGGGCUCAACGUCGUCAAGAAGGACCAUGAACCCUGCCUUUGGACCCGCUCAGAUCUGUGCACUAACGGACAUCUUCAUCAGGAAAUUGAUCAAGCAUUCAAACUUUGUCUCGCUGACGUCCAAGCGCUCCGAUCGGAAGCCACGUUUCAUGAACCUCUUUCGAGGGGUCGAACUGAACGACACUGAUGUCAUAUUAUUCAAUUUCAACAAGCGAAAAUUAUUGUCUCAAUCCGACCGGGUCAACGGCGCUGAUUUCCACCCUCGUGACCUAACAGGUCUGUACAACAGUUCCGUCAACACCUACAACCACGAAACUGGCGCACUUGUCAAGACUCUCGAGGUCUCUUUUGUCCUUCUCUGUCAAAUAUUUGAGUCAUACGUGGAAGAUGAGCGCAAACACAUCUCUGUUACAUUACAGAGUCAGUUGACGUGCUCUAUUGAGGUUCUUGGACAGUUGCGCAUACCCGCAGGCAUCUACAUAUCCAUCAAUAUCGACCCGAAGAGACAUUGGAAAUCAACCAUCAAAAUUCUAUCAUCUGACAAAUCCGUAGCGUGGGGUGAUACUGUGACUCUAUCAUCACAUGCAUCACCUGCAUUCUCAGUGGAGAUCAGGGCAUCCUAUGAGGUUGACCAAAUGCUAGGCAGUGGAGAGGUCAUCGGGAAACUCCAAAAGUCGUGGGACGAGCUACUCGGUCAUGGAGAUGAACCCUUCGCACUGUCCUUCCCACCCGUUCGUGGUGUCCACCCUUCCCUCACGCUGAAGGCCGCCAUUGUACAUACUUGCGACGAUCAGGACGGCGCACUGUCUUAUUCCCUCAUAGACUCCGAGAUUGCUCGAGACACAGAUAUGGGCCACGCACAAUUUGCCAAAUACGUGACACUCAAGAGACCCUUUCACCUGUGCCGUGCCGUGGAGCAUUUUCAGCUGGUUCUGGACCAGCGUCCGGUCGAUCAUCCUGACCAUGCAGGGGCUCUCACCAACCUCGCGUAUGCCCGCCUUGAAAGCUAUAUCCAAGGCUAUCUUCAAGAUAUUGAGACCACCACUUCCCGCUUUCGCGAAACCCUUGCAUUGCGUCCCCAGGGUCACCCUGAUCACGCAUCAACCCUCUAUAAUCUCAUCACCGCAUUGAAUUCGCGCUACCGGAAGGAGCAUACCGCUGUCCACAUUCACGAAUCCGCAGAGCUAUGCUGCAAGCUACUGCCCAUUUGUCCAGAGGGCUCCUACCUUCGUAGCAACAGCAUAGACAGUGUAGUCGAUUAUGUGUUCAGCGAAUACAACAAUCUCCCAAUCGACACAUCUGAUGAAAGCAUCCACCUUCGACGAAAUGUACUCGAGCUCUAUCCUGUGGGCCAACAACUUCGUCCUAGGGCCCUUCACUUACUUGCACGGGCAAUAGGAGCCAGAUUCACUCAGCGUGGCAGCGUUGAUGAUAUAGACGAGACUAUACAACUUCGUCAUGAAGCUGGACCGCCCUCGUCACCCGUUUUCACGCACGUGGCGACAGUGACGAUAUUACCCGAGCUAUUAACCUCUAUCGCGAGGCACUGGCAUUGCGCCCACGUAGACCGUGCCGCCGCGCUUAGCAACCUUGCUCUUGCGCUCAAUAUCAAAUAUAACAAAUUUCAUGUCAUCAAGGAUCUUAACGAGGCCAUCGGUAUCGCGAAUCCUUUCGGGCACACUCGGAAGAACACAGAUGUUGAGGAGGCCAUCAAUCUCUGUCAAGAAUCAUUGGUGGCUUUAUCUUCACUGCACCCGGACAUGUUUUCAGUUACUCGCGGCUGCAGAUGGCCUAUUUAUCUUAUUAAGAAGUCAGUCCUCGUGAUUUGUCACUCGCUGUUGAGAACUUCAGACUGGCAUCACGGCACCCCACUAGGAUUCCCAGAUCGCAUCCAUCUGACACAUAAUUGGACCAUCGCAAUAUUGGAGCAGCAUGAUCAUCGAUCUGCACUAGAGGCCUACUCAACGUUUUUCGAGCUUCUGGAUGCUCAUUUGUCGACACGAUCAUCGGCAACUUCACGGCGCAAAGCUGCCGCUAACAUCCGUUAUUCCAGAACACUACCUGUAGAUGUGCCAUCCGCUGGGACAAUUUGCGACAAGCAGUGGAACUCGUGGAGCAGGGCCGUAGCCAUCAAUGCACAUCCGAAACUGGCGCACAAUUAUUUAGAGCUGAGCGGGCAUGUCUCCAAUGCCGCACAGAACUCUGCACCGAUCACUGACACAGCUGCUGCUGAUCGGGCAGCAACCGAGUACAGGAAACUUACGGAACGGUGGGAGGCUGCAGUAGCUGAAAUCCGGAAUCUUCAAGCUUUCUCGCGGUUCCUGCUCCCGCCGUCAUAUGCUGACUUGCAAGCGGCUGCACGUCAUGGCCCAGUCAUCAUCCUCAUUGCCCGUAAAUACUCGUGCAGCGCUAUCAUUGUCCCGACGUCAGGAGAGCCCCAUCACACUCCCUUACCGUCUGUCACUCUCGCAGAUCUAAAUAAUCUCAAGGUUCGCUUCACCAAGGCAAUACGAUACACAUCUAUCAUAGGCCCAAAAGUGCCGCGGAACGAUUUAAUAGUCCUCUUGCGGACAGUAUGGGACGAGACCAUGCUACCCAUUGUCAACGUCCUCCAGCACAACCUGAAACUAAAAUUUCGUUCUCGAAUCUGGUUGUGUCCAACUGCGGUAUUUACUUCCAUUCCUCUGCACGCAGCUCACCCGUUUCGAACGAAGGCAGAUAACUCUAACCUGGAGCCAUGCCUGGAGGAUCUUUACAUCUGCUCUUACACGCCGACACUUUCGGCAUUGAUCCAGACGGAUGAUGAAGCCGCACUAUUGGCUGUCGACGGCGAGCUCAAGCUUGUCCAUAAGCUCGUCCCUGCGAUAGCCACCCGUACAAUUAUUUUUGGUAAGGUAGCCACACGCGUAGGCGCGCUCGAAGCUUUGCAGGAGAACACCUGGGUGCACCUCGCUUGUCAUGGACCUUACAAUUCCCAUUUCGUCAUGGGAGAUGAACCUCUGACGUUGCUCGAUAUCAUGAAGAGAGACAUUCCGCACGUCGAGUUCGCCUUCUUGUCCGCUUGUCAUACCGCCGUUGGCGAUGAGGAGAUGCCCGACGAAGUCAUUCAUCUUGCUGCUGGCCUCCAGCUUUCAGGGUUCAAGAGCAUCGUUGGCACGCUGUGGGAAGUUAACGAUGCUGUCGCGAAACACGUCGUCGAAGCUUUCUACAGGAAUAUGUUCAAACAUUUGAAGGAUUGUGGUGCCAUGGACUGUACGAAGGCAGCCUGAGCACUCAACCGUGCUACACAAGCUGUGAAGACGAAAGUGCCGCUCGAGCAGAGGAUGGUUUCAUUCAUAUUGGUGUGUAGUUCUACGUCGUAGUAUUAUUGCUGUCGUCUGGUACAUAUUUACAAGUUG